AUGGCGUCCAAACUGGUGGUUUCCCGUUAUCCGGCGGCUCUGCUUUGCAGUCAAAAAUAUGGCAGUGGGGCGGUGAUACAAAGUGCCAGGCUUCUGAGCGACGUGGCCGCCAUUGAGGAUGUCACUUGUCACCAUAAACAGCAGCAAUAUCUCGAUGCUUUUAAGCAGCAAAGUGCACAGGUCGCACAUCCCGGAAUACAGCCUAAUGUGUCGCGAGAGUUGGCGCAACUAUUAUCGAACUUUGCGCAGGGCCAACAGCUGGACAUGCUGCAACAUGUCGAGCCUCAGGAGACGGCUACUACUCAGUCUUCUCCGCAGUCUGUUGAGUCGCUGACGGUCGAAUUCCGCGGCAAACAGCUACCACCAGCGAUGAAAAACGGUAAGACAGACACUCUAGUGCGUUCUAGUCCUUUUUCUCUGUCUUGAAC